UUGGAUUGGCUGCUCUCCGGCGGCCGCUCGACGGCGGCCGACGUCAUGAGGGUGGUGGUGACGGGCGCGACGGGGUACCUCGGCGGCCGCCUGUGCGCGGCGCUGGAGGGCGCCGGCCAUGCCGUGCGCGCGUUGGCCCGCCGCUCCAGCGACGCCUCCGGCCUCCCGGCGUCCGUCGAGCUGGCCUACGGCGACGUCACCGACGAGGGGUCCCUCGCCGCCGCCUUCGACGGGUGCGACGCGGUAUUCCACGUCGCCGCGGCCGUCGAGCCGUGGCUCCCUGACCCCUCCGUUUUCACCACCGUCAAUGUGGAAGGACUCAAGAAUGUGUUGAAGGCUACUAAGCGAACACCGACUGUAAAGAAGAUAAUUUACACGUCAUCGUUCUUUGCGAUUGGGCCAACCGAUGGUUAUGUCGCAGAUGAGACACAGAGGCAUCAAGAGAAAAUAUUUUGCACAGAGUACGAGAAAUCCAAGGUUGUCGCAGACCGAAUUGCAUUGCAGGCAGCAGCAGAAGGGGUGCCAAUCACCAUUCUCUACCCUGGAGUUAUCUAUGGGCCUGGAAAACUAACUACUGGAAAUCUUGUUUCCCGUAUUUUAAUUGAACGGUUUAAUGGGCGCCUACCAGGUUACAUAGGAGAUGGGUAUGAUAGAGAAUCGUUUUGCCAUGUUGACGAUGUUGUUAAUGGGCACAUAGCAGCUAUGGAGAAGGGAGGAGUUGGGGAAAGAUAUCUCCUCACUGGAGAAAACUUAUCAUUCAAGCAGAUUUUCAAUAUGGCUGCUAACAUUACAAACACGAAGGCACCCCAAUUCCAUGUACCUCUCUGGUUGAUUGAAGUAUAUGGGUGGAUUUCAGUUUUUGUUUCUCGCAUCACUGGAAAGCUCCCAUUUAUCAGUUACCCUACAGUACAUGUUCUUAGACAUCAAUGGGCAUAUUCAUGUGAUAAAGCCAAGAGGGAGCUGGGCUACAGUCCAAGAAACUUAACUGAAGGUCUAUCCGAGGUGCUAUUGUGGCUAAAGGAAGAGAAACUGAUCAAGUUUUAGCACCUCACCCCUUGUGUUAACUUCUGUUGUAUUCGACACAAUGUAAGCUAAGAUCUGAUUUAAAUCUAUUAGUAACUGUAAGAUGUACUACCUCUGUUUCUAAAUGUUUGACGUCGUUGACUUUUUUAUACG